AUGUCGUCACUUGACGUCCUUAUCGUCCACCAAAACUCUGAGCUUGAAGAACGCCUACGAUCGAUCACUAGCUCGUAUUUCUCUGGUACCCUCGAGCUUUCUGAGCUCUUCGACGCUGCAUACGACUUGAGUGGGAAGUACUCUUCGCAAAAUGACUUUCUGGCUCUGUCUACUGGACACAUAGGGAUGGAGGACGUAUGGUGUAUCGAUCAACGUGGAGUACUUACGAUAGUAUUGACGAAGGAGACGUACGAGCAACUCGGACUGGUUGGGGAGAAAGUCAGGUUAUCUGGGAGUGGAAAAGCGGAGGUACACGCAGUGUAUGUCGACCUUCACGAACGAACCUCGAGUCAGUUUACUCGUGCGAAGGAGGCUAUUCGGUUAUGGGACGAACGGAGGAGAGUACAGGGAAUCGGACCUUGGCGGGUUUGUGUUCAAGCUCUGCCAAGUAACCUAGAGACGGAGCUCAAACCUGAAACCGUGCAGCCGAGCGUCACUACCACUUCCGAUAUCCUUGUCCCGGUUCUGGACCACGAGGAUGGCUGCACUUUUGGUGGUGUUACGAAUACUAGUACUGGAGGUGAGGAGUCAAAAGCAGAUGCUGAAGAGGACCGACAAGAACGUAUGAAUGAGUUGUUCGAGUGGGUUGGGAUGGCGUGUAUUGGUUCAGAUCGAUUAAAAGCCAACGACCGUGUCAACCCGUUCGUCGCAGUAUACGAACCACCAACACCGAAGGCGACAGUGGGGGACGUAACGCAUUUCCGAUGGCGUGGGUUGCUGGGACCUUCUACGAUCCGAAGCGUUUUAGAAACAACAACCGAUUUUGUCAAAAGAGACGACGCGAGUACCAGUUUCGUAGCUAUAACCGCAAACACGUUCUCCAACGCUCCCUUAUCGUACAUCUCACUCAAGGCGUUUGAAGAAGGCGCAAAGAAUGAGGCAAGACUUGGACGGUCGAGCAGGACCGUGAGAUGCUGGAGUUUGAUUGUGAAACCUAGUGGUCAGGAGAAUGGUGUAGUGGAUUGGGUGUUGGCGAGUUGUUGA